CGUCACCCCCCUUAGUAACCCUCGGCGGCGUCUCCAAGAGCGAAGGCAACAAGAUGGGAUUGCUGUCCAUCCUUCGGAAGCUAAAAAGCACACCAGACCAGGAGGUGAGGAUACUGCUGCUGGGUCUGGACAACGGAGGGAAGACUACCCUGCUCAAACAGCUGGCUUCAGAGGACAUCAGCCACAUCACUCCCACACAGGGAUUCAAUAUCAAAAGCGUCCAGUCUCAGGGAUUUAAGCUGAAUGUUUGGGACAUUGGAGGCCAGAGGAAGAUUAGGCCUUACUGGAGAAACUACUUUGAAAACACAGAUGUUUUGAUUUAUGUUAUUGACAGUGCUGACAGAAAGAGAUUUGAAGAAACAGGUCAGGAGCUGGCUGAGUUGUUGGAUGAGGAGAAGUUGAGCGGCGUCCCUGUGUUGAUCUUUGCCAACAAGCAGGACUUGCUGACAGCCGCACCGGCCUCCGAGAUCGCAGAGGGUCUCAAUCUGCACACCAUCCGGGAUCGCAUGUGGCAGAUCCAGUCGUGCUCCGCCCUCACAGGGGAGGGGAUUCAGGAGGGCAUGAAUUGGGUCUGCAAAAGCGUCAACUCCAAGAAAAAAUAGCUUUGCCUCUAGUCUUUACUACUUAGGAGGAGCAGCAGCAGCAGCAGUGGCAGCAGCACACACACAUACACUGACACACAUUGCACCCUCCUGAGCCUUAGAAUGAUGGGAUAUACCUGUGAAUGUAAAAACACUACUAAUCCAACGUGGACUUUAUAACCCCCUGCAUUCUUUUAUCCUUGUUAACUAACUUGUCUUUUUAAAGAAAUGGGGGUUUGACCUCAACGGGAACCCUUGCCAGGAAAUCAUCCCCCUCCACCCAGACUACCCACGUCAGCAUCACCAUUCCAGCCAAUCCCAGCCUGUUACAACCUCAAACAUUCCCAUUAAACUGCUGUCUUUUAUUUGUAUUCCAGCUUGUUCUGUAACUUUUCCUCCAUCUCAUUCUUACAGGUUCAUUUUUGUCAUUUUUUUUUAAGUAUCAUUCCACGCUGGCUGUACGCGCUUUUCCUGCUAUGGCUCUGUUUGAAGUGAGGUAUAUUUUUGUAAUUGUUUUAUUUAUGGUGAAGUAGAGUGUGGAGUGCUUUCAAACAAACUGGUGUGGUGUGUGCGAUCUCAAGGAUGAUGGAGAAAUGGUCCAACUCUCCCAUUUAAAGAUUAAUAUGUUACAUGUUAAUAUGUAUAAAAAAUAAGAAAUUAAAUGGUUAAGAGCGACUACAUUUUUGGAUCCUCUGUAAAUAGCUCAGCCCUGUGUUUAUAUGUUAUGUUAUGCACAUGUUAUAGAGUAUAUGUCACCCUGCUGUAGUCUAUAAUGUUUGCAUAUCUAAUAUAAGCUGGCAGAUUUUUAACCUAGGUACUGUACGUCCCAAUGCAUUUCUUUGUGCUUCUUGGGUUAGUGAGGGAAUUCACUCUUGGCGUUUCCUUUUGAUAUUCUUGAAUGUAAUCUGUCCAGAAUUGAAGGUACUGUAUGUGAAUAAAAAUGAAAGAAAACUC